AUGGGCGCGGUGCUCGGUCUUAUUUGGCCCGGCACCAAAAAGACCCAAUCCAUGAAGCGAAAACUAAUCAGAGGUAAAUAUGUGUGGUUGAUGGCCAUAGGUAUUUUCCUCUUUUUCGAGGUAGCCUUCCAGACGUCGUACUCCACCUUGAAACUUGCUGCCAACUCUCCCACCUUCCAUCAACUAAGUUUCCUAACCAGCUUGAAGUCCACCGACGGCUUGUCUGCUAUCGAAAGAAAACUGCUAGCUGCAUUCCCGUUUGAAGAGACCGAGCCCGAGAAAAACCUUUUUCAGCUCUGGGGCGCAGAACCUCAGACAGGCGACCUCCCCGCGGAAGUGACCCAGAUGGUGCUUGAGUGGAGCUCUGAAAACCCAUCCCAUGUGCACAAUGUCCUUGAGGUUCCUCAAGCGGAAGCCAAGGUGGAGGAAGUGCUCACAGCCACCGUUCCAGAGGUCUGGGAUGCAUACAAACGACUGCCCCACGCUCGCCACAAGUACGAGUUCCUCAAGUACCUGCUGAUAUAUCUGUUUGGGGGAACUUACGCCGACAUUUAUGUUAAGCUACAUAAGCCUAUUGACAAAUGGUACCGUCCACGAAUGAUGUUCGGGCGUGUCUACGUUGGGAUUCUGGGCGACUUAAACGAGCCAGACUACGACCAGCAUCUCAACAGACGUCUCACGUUCUCCACCAGCGUGUUCCAGGCCAGGUCUCGGCACCCAUUUUUGGCAAAAUUGAUUGGCCGUAUAUCGCAAAUUUCGUUGCAACAGAGCAAGCAACUAAAAAAGAUCGAUUGGGAAACAGCUUCCCAAAAAUGUGACUCUACCGGGGAGCCCACCGUCUCGUUCACAGGACCGUCAGUCUUUACAGACGCCCUCAUGGACUACCUAAACAGUAUUCCAAAGGCCGUUCAUGCCAGUGUCGCAAAACCAUUGCACAACUUGAUAGUCGGACCCCCGGUGCCCCAAUCGCAACGGUUUUCGUACAAAAAGUUUACACAGAUCCAGGCACCCUCGCAGGUCGAGGAUGUGGUGAUCUACCCACAGGUGUCGUUCCAAGGCCCGCUCGAUAGCCAAGAGUACGACUACUCAGACUAUUUCUACGCGCAACCCAGCAAUUUUUCAAAGUGGGGGUACAGAUCAAAUUUGGGCUUGAAAACUCCGAAAUCUGGCUGA